AGGAGACACAUCCAGUGAGCAGAAGCAACAGCUGACCUCCCAGAGAGAACCGCUAGCCCACCCUCUCCUACACAAAGACCGGGCAUUGGGGAGAGAGACAGAGACCCACGACUGCAGCCCUGGCUUAAUCCUCCCUUUAAGAAGAGAAACUAGAGCUUUGAACUUGUCUACUCCAUAUAUCUACCUCCACUUACCCGCUUCCCUUGCACCUCCCCAACACGUUCUCAGAGAGAAGGUGGCUAGAUGAGUAACUGAAGAGGGAGUUACAGUUCUUUGUCUAAGAAAUGUGAAAGGCUGCAGAAGGAUCCUGGGGUUUGCGAAAGCAACUGUGACUUGAGUAAAGGAGGACAAAUUGCAAGGGAAAGGAGGACAGAAAGCUUGGAAGCAGGAGAAAGAGCACGAGGGACCGUGAAACCUCUUGCUCACAAAAGACUUGUACCUGAGGCAGCAGCCUACACCUGGUUACAUUGUAGAGGGUGCGCAGCGUAUGUGGGUGUGUCCCUCGGAUUGUUCCUUGACCGUGCAGCCUCCCCAGACGCGAUGAACCGGAUGAUCAGUAUCCUUCUGGGCGCAAUGCUGCUCUGGGGCCAGGGCGGCUUCUCUCGGAGGGUCGUCAGCGGUCAGAAGGUGUGUUUUGCAGACUUCAAACAUCCCUGUUACAAAAUAGCCUAUUUUCAGGACUUGUCAAGUCGAGUGGGAUUCCAGGAGGCACGCCAAGCUUGUGAAAGUGAUGGUGGAGCUCUUCUCAGUCUUGAAAGUGAAACGGAGCAGAAGUUAAUAGAAAGCAUGUUACAAAACCUCACAAAGCCAGACACAGGCAUUUCUGAUGGUGACUUCUGGAUUGGGCUUUGGAGAAAUGGAGAGGGACAGACAUCGGGUGCUUGUCCAAACCUCUACAAAUGGUCUGAUGGAAGCAGUUCCCAGUAUCGAAACUGGUAUACUGAUGAGCCUUCCUGUGGAAGUGAAGCUUGCGUUGUGAUGUAUCAUCAACCAACUGCCAAUCCUGGGCUUGGGGGUCCUUACCUUUACCAGUGGAAUGAUGACAGAUGCAAUAUGAAGCACAAUUUUAUCUGCAAGUACGAACCAGAGAGUUUUCCAACCAUCCCAGCGGGAAAGCCCUUUGAUGCAAGCAAGCCAGAAGAUCCCUAUCACAUAGUUGUUACUGAAACAGGUAUAAUUCCCAACCUAAUUUAUGUUGUUAUACCAACAAUACCUCUGCUGUUGUUGAUACUGGUGGCUUUUGGGACUUGCUGUUUUCAGAUGCUACAUAAAAGUAAAGGAAGAACAAAAGCUAGCCCAAACCAAUCCACACUAUGGAUUUCAAAGAGCAACAAGAAGGAAAGUAUCAUGGAGAUAUAACAGCUCAAUGAUUUGUCUUCCAAGGAAGAAUCAUGCUUUAAUUUUCUGUACGUGCAUAAUCAACGACAUCAGAACGUUAGCUUGGAA